CGAGGAAGAACGGAGCGAAAGGCGAGACGGGGGGGAAGGGCAGAAGCCCGGGAACCAGCGAGGCGGGGAACGCAAGGGGCGCCCGAAGCCAGGAGGCCGAGGGCACGGCGGCCGGGGCGGCACGCAGCGCGGCGCCCCCCGCAAGCCGCAAGGCGCAGCGCGGGGCGGAAGCGGGCCGCCCGGGCGCCCCGAGCGCGGCGGGCCGAAAGGCGAGGCCACGGCGACGGACGGCGCGGCAAGGGGGGGGGAAACGCAACGCGCGCGGGGGGCGCGGCGACAGCCCGGCGGGCGGCCGGACGCCCAGACCCGGAGGGCGCCGGCGCGCGCCGACCGCGACCCCAGGGCAGGCGGGAGGACCCGCGAGGGGAAGCAGAGCAAGAAGCGGAGGAAAAGAAACGGACAAGGAGGCCCGGAGGAACGGCGAGCGAACCGGGAACAGCCCAGCCGGAGAAGCGGGCGGCGCCGGCGGCCGAAGGGGAGGCGGGAGAAGCGGCCGCAGCGGCGGACCGGGCCCAAGGCCCCGGGAAGGGGGGCGCCAGAGAGGGGAGAGCCCCGGGGGGCCCGGACCCGGCGCACCACGAGGCGCGGGCGACGAGGCGGGGGGGGGAAGGCAGCCCAAAGCGGGCGGGGAAGGCCGGCCAAGGCGAAAGACGGGCGAGAGACCGAGAGCGAACAAGGACCGCGAGGGAAAGAGGAAAAGGACGGGAAAAGAGAGGCAAAGAGGGCGGGAAAGGGGCGGGAGGGAAGCGGAGGGGGCCGGCGAGGCGCCCCGGGCGGAGGGGGAACGGGGACGAGCCGGGCCGCCGAGCGACGCGGGCGGGGACCAGCGGGGAGGGGGGGCGGCCAAAGCCCGGGCCGAACGCCCGCGGAACGCCGGCGCCGGGAGGGAACGCCGCGCGCGCGGGCGAGGCCGGGGAGCGCGGGCGCAGCGCGCGCCGCGGGCGGAGCGAGAGCCCGGGCGGGGGCCGCCCCCCCAAGCCACGCGGGGCCACGCCCCGAGGCGAGCGGCGGACCGGCGCGGCACCGGGCCACAGCCGACCGGGGCGCAGCGCCGGCCCCCAGCCGCGGCCCGCCCGACAAGGGCAAGCACGCGGGGACGCGCGGGCAAAGGCCGGGGCAGCGGGCCCGCGCGGGACGGGGCGCGAGCGGGCGCCGCCCGGAGGGAGCCGGGACGGAAGGCACCGCCCGAGGGGGCGGCAGGCCCAAACAACCCGACGCGUAGACAGCGCCGCGGGGGCGACAGGGGCCGGGCACAACGGGGCGCGCACCCGCGCGGGCGCCCCCGGCCAGGGGACGGGGGCCCGGGCCGCCGCGGAGGACGCGGCGCCAGACGGACAAGGCGGACGACGGAGCCGCCCGAGGCGAGGCGGGGCGGGCCCGGGCGCGCGCCGGGACGAAGGGAAGCCGGGGAAGGGGCGGGCCGCCGGCGGAGGGAGAGGCGGAAACGCAGCGGGAAGCCCGCCGGACCGGGGGGCGCGGGCGGAGCGCGCAGGCGCAAGCAGGGCGGGGAGGCCGGACGCACGACGGGCGGGAGCCGCGACAACAAGAGAGAGGGGAGGGGCAACCACCACGGGCCGCGACGGCCGGCGACGGGGACGCGCAGGAGGCCAGCCGCGCGCGCGGGGCGCACGGGGAGGCCAGCGCCGCCCCGCGCGGAGCCGGCGGCGGGCGGGGGGCGACGCGAGGCGGGACGCCCAGGCAGACGGGCCCGCGGCCGAAGGGCGGCGGGCGCAACGGGCGGGCAAAGACGCGAGGGGGCACGGGAGGCGGCAAGGCACACCAAGGAGCGCAGGCGCGACGGGCGGCAGCGAGGCGAGAGCCGAGAGAGCCGGGGCCGAGAGGCGGGGGGGAAAGAGCAGCGCGCGGCCCCCCGCACGAGCCGCGAACGGGGCGCGAGGGAGGGCGGCCGAGGAGGAGGCCGGGGCGCGGGCCGCGCCGGGGGCGGGGCCCCCAAAACGAGCGCGCAAGCGCGCAGGCGGGGACGGGAGGGAGGCGCACGACGAGCGCGCGGCGCCCCCAAGGGGGGAAAACGGGGCGCGGGGCGGGCGGCGGGGCAGGGGCGACAAGGAGCCGCCGCAGGGCACCGACGGAAACCGGGGGACGACGGCGCCGGCCGCGAAAGGAGAAGGGGCAAGGGACGGCGCGCGACGCGCGGGCAGCGAACCGCCCACGGCGCCGCGAGCCGAACAGGGCACCGGAGCAGGCAAGCGGGAGGAGCGACGGGCGGGGGGACAAAGGGCAGGGACGGAGGCAACGCGAGCGGAGGACGCGCGCGACGAGGAAGCCGCGGGGAAGACCAACAAGGGCAAGGAGCGAGCCCCAGCACGAGGAAAGGGCAAAGAGACCCGGGCCGGCGGCCAAGGCGAGAAGCGCGGGAAGACAGCAGGGAGCGCGCGGGCGGCCCAGAACAGCGAAGGGCAGCACAGACCGGGAGGGCCGCAAACGCCGCGGCCGAAAAGGCCGGAGGCCCGCGAAGAAGCGGGCCGCGAAGGGAGACCGCCGCAGAGCGAGGAGCAGGCGGAGGGCGCGGGCGGAACGGAAGGAACCAGACAAAGCGCGCCACCAACGAAGAACGGCCAGGCACCACCACCCAGAGAAGCAAGAAAGAGCGCGCAGGCGGGCAAGCCGGACGAGGGCGGGACCGGGGAAGGGGCCCCGGGGGAGGCAAAGGAAGCCGCAGGCGCCACGCCGGGGGGGCCCGGCCGGCAAGGCCGGAAGGGCAGCCGGGCGACCAGACGCCCCCCGGAACCCAAAAACGGGAGGCGCAGAAGGGCCGGCGGAGGCCGAAAAGCAACAGCCGCCGAGCCCGGGGCGGCAGCGGGAGGGGGAGACGAGGACGGGAGCGGAGCGGCGGCGAGCCCCCAACGGCGGGCGGGAGAAGGAAAACAGCCGGGGCAAAGGCGGCGCAGGGGGGCGGCGGCAGAAAGCCAAGAAGGCACCGCGGACGAGGAAAGACGAAGGCCCCCGACGGGCCCGGGAAGCAGACGCCGAGCCCGAAGGCCAACGAAGAGGACCGAAAGCCGAGAAGGGAGCCCAGGCGAAGGGAGACAGAGCGGAGGCGGGCGGGGAGCACGCGAAGGGCGGCAAAGGAACAGCGCCGGAGGCACGACCCGGCCAAGGAAGGCCAGGAGCGCAGCGCCGACAGAAGGGACGAGACGACCGGGGCACACCGAGGGCGGACCGGCCGGCCCAGCCCAAAGGCCAACGACGAGCGGGGAACGGCAACAACGGAAAGAGACGCGAGGGGAGCGGGAAGGACCGCGGCGGCGGGCACCAGACGGGCCCGCCAAGGGAGCCGCGGGAAGGGAGGAGAGGGGACGCAGGCCAAGGACCAGACGCAGAGAGCCCGGGAGGGAGGAGGGCACGACCGCCCCGGGGCAGGAGGGGGGAAGGGGCGCGCCGGCGGCCGGCCGGGGAGGGGGAGCCGGGGCGCAGGCGCCCGCGCCGGAAGCGAACCCGAAGGCGCCGGCACCCGGCACCACCAGGGGAGGCCACGAGCCGACCAGCGAAAGGGGAGAGGGCAGAAAGGGGAAGGAGGCGGCGCCGGCACGAGGGCCGGGCGAGCCGGCGAGGAGCAGGAAGCAGCGCAGCAACGGGCAGAGCCCGCGGCGACCGGGAGCGAAGAAAGGCAGCCCGGCCAGAAGGCGGGGGGGGGGCACGGAGGAGCGCGAGAAGACGACGGGGAGCCGAGGAGGAGAGACCAGCAAACAAACGAGAACGGAGGGAAGGAGCCAGGCGCAGGGGCACAGGCGGAAGGGGGCAGACGGACACAGGCAGGGCGGAAGCGGGGAGACAAGCAGAGGACGACGGGCAGGAGCAACCAGGGAGCAGGCCGCAACGACGCCGCGCGCCGCAGGAGCCCGCCGCGCCCGGACGGGCACGGAGGGGGCAAGGCGGGCGCGGCCGGCAGGCGCAAGGAGCAGGCGGGGGGGCAGAGAGGAGCCGGGGAAGGCCCCAGGCCCACGGCGGCGACCGAAGCCGAGAAGGCCAGCCGCCGCGCGCGGACCACGCCAGCGCACGACGAAGCGAGGAAGGCGGGGGACGCAAGAGCGGCGGGGGGGGCACCCCGCACAGGGAAGGCGAGGGGCGAAAGGCGACCGAGGGCACGGGAGGAAGGCCGAGGCAGGAGGGAGGCAGCACAGGAGACCAACGGCCGACAAGCCGAGAGGGCGCGGGAGCCGCGACCGACAGGGCAGGCGGGGGAGGACGGCGCGGCGCGAAGCAGGGAGCCAACCGAACCACACAAGCCGAGGACCACGCAGGCGCCGGACGGGAAGAGCGGCGGCGAGGCACGCCCAACACCCACCCCGACGCCCGACAGGAGAGGGCGGGCGCCGACGCCGAGGCCGGCGGGGCAAGGCCAAGCGAGAGCGGCCAGCCGGACGGGCCGGGCGGGCCGCGGGCGGGCAGCGCCGCCGACGACGGAGCACGGACGAGCCGCGCAGGCCAGCAAACGGGCCACGCGCCCGAAAACAAGCACGGCCGGGCCACACCAAACGCGGCGAGCCCGGGCGAGAAAAAGGCCCGCGGCGGCACAGGGGCGCCCCACGAGCGGGCGGCGGCAGGGGGGGAGGCGGGCGGCGACAGGGGGGGAAGCGCCCGACGACGGAGCACGGACAAGCCAGGCAGGCCAGCAAACGCCCACGCAACACGCCCACGAAGCCCACGCAACACGCCCACGAAGCCCACAGAACGCCCAGGACAGCCGCCGGCCGGCGCCGCAGGCGGCCGCCAACACCGCGACCCCCCGGAGAGAGGCGGAAAAAAAAAAAACCCAGGGGACAGGAGGAGACAAGAGGGGCCAGAGAAGCAGAAGGAAAAGGGACAACCCAAAGAGGCACGGGCGAAGGACAAACACACAGGAGCGGCCACAAAGGACGGGAGAGAGAGAAAAAAAGAGGGGGCAACAAGGGGGGAAGGGGAGGGGGGCGGAAAGGGCCGAAAGAGGAGGAAGAAAGGAAGAACGAAGAGGAAAAAGAGCAAAAAAAGAGAAAAGGAACACCAAAAAGGCACAAAGAAAGAGAGGAACCGGAGAGCGAAAAAGGGAGGAAAGGGGCAGGGGAAAAGGGACGGAAAAAAGAAGAAACCGGAAAAAGAAGGAAGGGGGGACGAACGAACCGCGGGAGGCGGAAACGGGGAGAAGAGAGGAGGGAAAAGAGAGGAAGAGAGGGGAGGCAGGAAGGGGGGGCACGCGCGGGGGAGGGGGGAAGGCAGGGACAGCCGCAAGGGGGCGACCAAGGGGCGCAAGCCACGGCCGAGGCGGGCAGGCCACGGCCGACGGCGGCGGACCGGGGGGGCAGGCCAAGGGCGAGGCGGGCAGGCCACGGCCGACGGCGGCGGACCGGGGGGGCAGGCCAAGGGCGAGGCGGCCAGGCCACGGCCGACGGCGGCGGACCGGGGGGGCAGGCCAAGGGCGAGGCGGCCAGGCCACGGCCGACGGCGGCGGACCGGGGGGGCAGGCCAAGGGCGAGGCGGCCAGGCCACGGCCGACGGGGGCGGACCGGGGGGGCAGGCCAAGGGCGAGGCGGGCAGGCCACGACCGACGGGGGCGGACCGGGGGGGCAGGCCAAGGGCGGGGCGGCCAGGCCACGGCCGACGGCGACGGAGCGAGGGGGCAGGCCACGCCCGACGGCGACGGAGCGAGGGGGGCAGGCCACGGCCGACAGGGCGGAGCGAGGGGGCAAGACAAGGGCGAGGGGGGCAGGCCACGGCCGACGGCGACGGAGCGAGGGGGGCAAGACAAGGGCGAGGGGGGCAGGCCACGGCCGACGGCGGCGGAGCGAGGGGGGCAAGACAAGGGCGAGGGGGGCAGACCACGCGGGACGGCGACGGAGCGAGGGGGCAAGACAAGGGCGAGGCGGGCAGGCCACGCCCGAGGCGAGCAGGCCACGGCCGAAGGCGGCGGACCGGGGGGGCAAGCCAAGGGCAAGGCGGCCAGGCCACGCCCGACGGCGGCGGAGCGGGGGGGCAAGCCAAGGGCGAGGCGGGCAGGCCACGCCAGAGGCGGGCAGGCCACGGCCGACGGCGGCGGACCGGGGGGGGCAAGCCAAGGGCAAGGCGGGCAAGCCACGCCCGACGGCGGCGGAGCAGGGGGCACAGGCCACGGGGAGGCGGGCAACCCGGGGCGGAGGGGGCCCGGCGGGGGCCGACGACGCGGGCCCGAGGCGCACGGGCCACGGCCGAGGCGGGCAGGCCGGGGCGGAGGCCGCCGGACGGGGGCCGACGGCGCGGGCCCGAGGCCCACCGACCACGGCCGAGGCGCGCAGGCCGGGGCGGAGGCGGCCGGGCCCCGGACGGGGAACGCCCCGGCGGCCGACAGAGACCCACAGGCCCCGGGGCAGCGGACGGGGCGGGAGAAGCGCACCCGACAGCCCAAAAAACCGCGGAGAGCGACAGCGGGAGGGGCCCGGAACGGAGCAGGAGGCAGGAGAAAGGAACGCGACGGCACGAAAAACCGCACAAGGGAGCAGCGGGAGGGAACAACGGGGGAGCAGCAGAGAACAGAGAGGGCACAGAGAGGGCAACACGGGGCGGCAAACGAGGAAAGGGCACGCAACAGGGAGGAGCGGCACGGAGGGGCAACACGGGGGGAAGGGGCCGGCCAAGGAGGCAAGCAAGACAGAAACCGCCCGGGGGGAAAGGGAGAAAGGAGGGAGGGGAGGGGGGGAGGGGGAAAGGGGGGGGACGAAGCGGAGCGACAAAGGGCGGAAGCGCAGGGGAGCGGGGCAGCAAGGCCACGCGGCCACGGACAAGACCCCGGCGCGGAGGGAAGGCGGCGGCAAAGGAGGCGACCCGCCGCGCGAGGGAAAGGGGACGGCAAGGCGGGCACCGCGACGCGGCCGGCGCGGCGACGGAGCCAACGACACGGGCCCGGGGGGCCAAAGGCCCCGACGGCGGGGCGGCAAGCGGACGGCGGGCGCAGGCGGCGCGGCGAGCCCGGAGGCGGACGGAGAGGCGGGCAGGCAGAAGCCAGCACACGGGAGCGGCGCGCCACGGGCGGGGCAACCAAGCGCGAGGACCAAGGGGGGAAGCAACGGGGCCGCGCGGACGAGGGGGAAGGACGAGGGCGACACGGGCAGCAGGAGGGGAAAACGAACCGGGCGCACGACGGGCGAAACCCAGCGCACGGGCCCGAGGGGGGGGGAACAAGCCAACACGGGGGGAAGGCGGCGGCACAAGGAGAGGAAGAGCCGACAGCGAAGGAGCAAAAAGCAACGGCGCGAGGAACGCGGGGCGGCCACAAGCCAGGGAGCCCGGGGGAACGGGGCGGACACCGCGAGCGGCGAAGGCCGAAGGGCGAAAGGAGCGGGAGGCCACGCGGGCACGGGGCGGAGGCGGACGGGAAAGCAGAAGCAAACGAGCGGGGACCCGGCGGGGCCACACGAGAGGGCGGGCGCGGGGAGCGCAGCGGAGGACACCGGCGGGAGCGGGGAACAGAGGGGCCGCCCCAGCCAAACGCCCCACCGGACAAGGGCGGCCGCCCGGAGCGGCCCGCGAAGCGAGCCGGGGGGCCAAAAAGAGGGGCAGGGCCCCGCGGCCGAGGCACGGAAGAAGGAAAAGAACGGGAAAAGGAGGGGGAGGGCACGGGCGCCGGGCGGCGCCCACGGAGACGACACCGCGCAAGGCAGGGCACAAAGGCGGACGAGAGGCAAGCGCAACAGGGGCGGCGGGCCCCGCGGAGGCGGCCAAGCCCGGGCCCGGGGCGGGGGGGCGCGGGAGAGGAGACAGGGACAGGGGGAAGCGCGGGAAGCCAGGCAGGCGCGGCACGAAGGAGAGGACGAGGCAGGGGGCGACCGGAAGAGAGGCAGAGGGACGCCCGCCGGGGACCCGCGCGGGGGGAAGGGCGGCACGGGACAGGCAGAGCACGGGGCAGAAAGCACAGGGCGGAAACAGCCGGGGGGACCAGCGCAAGGCGGGGGGAAGGAAACAGGCGGAGGCCCCGGGCCGGACCAGGGCGGAGGGGGCGGGGCGACGCCCGGGGAAGGCCCCCGAAGGAACCGGGCCCAGGCCGGCCCCCGGCCGGCACGCGGCGACCCGCGCGCGCCGCGGGAGCAGCGCGAGCAGGCCACCGACAGCCGACGGGGGCGGGACGGGGACCCCCGGGCCCAGCCCGCAGAGCCAAGCCGGGGCCCGAAGGGACGGAGCCAGGGGGCCGACGGCCCGGCCGACAGGGGCCAGCGACCAGAGGCGGGCACCGGGGAGACCGGAGGCGGGAGGAGGACGACCGGGCGGGGACGGCAGGCGGGCCGCCGGAGGGCAAGGGCCGCCGGGAGCGCACCGGACACCACGCGACGGGCGGGGCGCGGCCAGCCGCGGGACCCGACCGCCGGCGGAGCCGAGCCAGGGGGGCAGGCGGGGAAACAGAAAAGAGAACGCGGCCCGAGGCGCCCGCCGACGGCGCCGGACGGCCGAACGGGGCCGGCAACCGCCACGGCCCGGGGCAGGAAGGGGAACCCGAGGCCCGGGCGGAGGACGCGCGAAACGCGCGAGCGGGCGGGGGCCCCCGACCCGGAGGAGCGACGAACCCAGGGGCAAGGGCCGGGCACAGGGAACCGGGCCCCGCGGCGGCCGGCAAAGGGCGCAGGGGAAGAGGGGCGACGACCACCAAGAGCGGCACCGACGGCCGCGCCGCCCAGGCGCACGCCCAAGGGGGGCAGCGACCGCCGCGCCCGCCGACGCAGCGGGGCCGGGCACGGGCCCCGACGGCCGGGGGGAGGGCGCGCGCGGAAGCGCCAGCCAGGGCGGGGCGAGGGGAGGCGGCAGGGGAGGGGGACACACGCCGGAGCGGAGGGCGACGGCCAGGACCACCGGCCGGCGGGCGGAAGCGACCAACACCCGGGGGGAGCGAGGGGAGCGCGCAGGGGGCACCGGAACCCGGCGGCCGGGGCAGCCCGCAGCGCCAGGGCGGCGGACCAAAAAGGGCCCACGGGGAGCGCGGGAGGCCGGGGCGCGGCGCAACAAAGCAGCCGCGCCGGCCGACCGAGGGAAAGGGGGAGAAGAGGGCGAGGGCGGGGCGCCCCCGAGGCCGCGAAGCAGGGGCGGACCCGAGAGAACGCGCACGCGAGCGCCAGCGAGCCGGAGGGAAACGGCGGAGGGAACCAGCGACGAGACGGGGCGAGGAGGCGGGCGCCCCGAGACCCAAGGCAGACGAACGAGGGCACGGCAGGAGCGCGGCGGGCCGCCACCAGAGGGGCCGCGGGCGGCGCCCCGCGCAGGCAGAGGGCACCAGCGGGCGGGGCCCGACAGGGAGGCGCACACGCGAACCCGGCGCAGAAGAGCAAGGGCGGGCGGCGGGGCACCCCGCAGGGGGAGCCCACCAAGCAGCGGCCGGACGCCGGACGGGGGACGCGCCCGGGGACGCGCACACAGGGCAGACGCCGGGGGCCGGGGGGCAAGACGGGGCGAAGGGGAGCCCACAGGCCAGCGGCCGGAGCGCGCAGAGGCCGAAGCACGCCAGAGGCGCGCGCGGCCGACCACAAGCAAGGAGACGGCGGGCCGCGGGCGGAGCGAGAGCCCGGGCGGGGGCCGCCCCCCCAAGCCACGCGGGGCCACGCCCCGAGGCGAGCGGCGGACCGGCGCGGCACCGGGCCACAGCCGACCGGGGCGCAGCGCCGGCCCCCAGCCGCGGCCCGCCCGACAAGGGCAAGCACGCGGGACGCGCGGGGCAAAGGCCGGGGCAGCGGGCCCGCGCGGGACGGGGCGCGAGCGGGCGCGCGCCCGAGGAGCCGGGGACGGAAGGCACCGCCCGAGGGGGGCGGCAGGCCCAAACAACCCGACGCGGAGACAGCGCCGCGGGGGGCGACAGGGGCCGGGCACAACGGGGCGCGCACCCGCGCGGGCGCCCCCGGCCAGGGACGGGGGCCCGGGCCGCCGCGGAGGACGCGGCGCCAGACGACAAGGCGGACGACGGAGCCGCCCGAGGCGAAGGCGGGGCGGGGCCCGGGGCGCGCGCCGGGACGAAGGGAAGCCGGGGAAGGGCGGGCCGCCGCGGAGGAGAGGCGGAAACGCAGCGGGGAAGCCCGCCGGACCGGGGGGCGCGGGCGGAGCGCGCAGGCGCAAGCAGGGGCGGGGAGGCCGGACGCACGACGGGCGGGAGCCGCGACAACAAGAGAGAGGGGAGGGGCAACCACCACGGGCCGCGACGGCCGGCGACGGGGACGCGCAGGGAGGCCAGCCGCGCGCGCGGGGCGCACGGGAGGCCAGCGGCCGCCCCGCGCGGAGCCGGGCGGCGGGCGGGGGCGACGCGAGGCGGGACGCCCAGGCAGACGGGCCCGCGGCCGAAGGGCGGCGGGCGCAACGGGCGGGCAAAGACGCGAGGGGGCACGGGAGGCGGCAAGGCACACCAAGGAGCGCAGGGCGCGACGGGCGGCAGCGAGGCGAGAGCCGAGAGAGCCGGGGCCGAGAGGCGGGGGGGGAAAGAGCAGCGCGCGGCCCCCCGCACGAGCCGCGAACGGGGCGCGAGGGGAGGGCGGCCGAGGGAGGAGGCCGGGGCGCGGGCCGCGCCGGGGGGCGGGGGCCCCCAAAACGAGCGCGCAAGCGCGCAGGGCGGGGACGGGAGGGAGGCGCACGACGAGCGCGCGGCGCCCCCAAGGGGGGAAAACGGGGCGCGGGGCGGGCGGCGGGGCAGGGGGCGACAAGGAGCCGGCCGCAGGGGCACCGACGGAAACCGGGGACGACGGCGCCGGCCGCGAAAGGAGAAGGGGCAAGGGACGGCGCGCGACGGCGCGGGCAGCGAACCGCCCACGGCGCCGCGAGCCGAACAGGCACCGGAGCAGGCAAGCGGGAGGAGCGACGGGCGGGGGGACAAAGGGCAGGGACGGAGGCAACGCGAGCGGAGGACGCGCGCGGACGAGGAAGGCCGCGGGGAAGACCAACAAGGGCAAGGAGCGAGCCCCAGCACGAGGAAAGGGCAAAGAGGACCCGGGCCGGGCGGCCAAGGCGAGAAGCGCGGGGAAGACAGCAGGGGAGCGCGCGGGCGGCCCAGAACAGCGAAGGGCAGCACAGACCGGGAGGCCGCAAACGGCCGCGGCCGAAAAGGCCGGAGGCCCGCGAAGAAGCGGGCCGCGAAGGGAGACCGCCGCAGAGCGAGGGAGCAGGCGGAGGGCGCGGGCGGGAACGGAAGGAACCAGACAAAGCGCGCCACCAACGAAGAACGGCCAGGCACCACCACCCAGAGAAGCAAGAAAGAGCGCGCAGGCGGGCAAGCCGGACGAGGGCGGGACCGGGGAAGGGGCCCCGGGGGAGGCAAAGGAAGCCGCAGGCGCCACGCCGGGGGGGCCCGGCCGGCAAGGCCGGGAAGGGGCAGCCGGGCGACCAGACGCCCCCCGGAACCCAAAAACGGGGAGGCGCAGAAGGGCCGGCGGAGGCCGAAAAGCAACAGCCGCCGAGCCCGGGGCGGCAGCGGGAGGGGGGAGACGAGGACGGGAGCGGAGCGGCGGCGAGCCCCCAACGGGCGGGCGGGAGGAAGGAAAACAGCCGGGGCAAAGGCGGCGCAGGGGGCGGCGGGCAGAAAGCCAAGAAGGGCACCGCGGACGAGGAAAGACGAAGGCCCCCGACGGGCCCGGGGAAGCAGGACGCCGAGCCCGAAGGCCAACGGAAGAGGACCGAAAGCCGAGAAGGGAGCCCAGGCGAAGGGAGACAGAGCGGAGGCGGGCGGGGAGCACGCGAAGGCGGCAAAGGAACAGCGCCGGAGGCACGACCCGGCCAAGGAAGGCCAGGAGCGCAGCGCCGACAGAAGGGACGAGACGACCGGGGCACACCGAGGGCGGACCGGCCGGCCCAGCCCAAAGGCCAACGACGAGCGGGGAACGGCAACAACGGAAAGAGACGCGAGGGAGCGGGAAGGACCGCGGCGGCGGGCACCAGACGGGCCCGCCAAGGGAGCCGCGGGAAGGGAGGAGAGGGACGCAGGCCAAGGACCAGACGCAGAGAGCCCGGAGGGGAGGAGGGCACGACCGCCCCGGGGCAGGAGGGGAAGGGCGCGCCGGCGGCCGGCCGGGGAGGGGGAGCCGGGCGCAGGCGCCCGCGCCGGAAGCGAACCCGAAGGCGCCGGCACCCGCACCACCAGGGGAGGCCACGAGCCGACCAGCGAAAGGGGAGAGGGCAGAAAGGGAAGGAGGCGGCGCCGGCACGAGGGCCGGGCGAGCCGGCGAGGAGCAGGAAGCAGCGCAGCAACGGGCAGAGCCCGCGGCGACCGGGAGCGAAGAAAGGCAGCCCGGCCAGAAGGCGGGGGGGGGCACGGAGGAGCGCGAGAAGACGACGGGAGCCGAGGAGGAGAGACCAGCAAACAAACGAGAACGGAGGAAGGAGCCAGGCGCAGGGCACAGGCGGAAGGGGCAGACGGACACAGGCAGGGCGAAGCGGGAGACAAGCAGAGGACGACGGGCAGGAGCAACCAGGAGCAGGCCGCAACGACGCCGCGCGCCGCAGGAGCCCGCCGCGCCCGACGGGCACGGAGGGGCAAGGCGGGCGCGGCCGGCAGGCGCAAGGAGCAGGCGGGGGGCAGAGAGGAGCCGGGGAAGGCCCCAGGCCCACGGCGGCGACCGAAGCCGAGAAGGCCAGCCGCCGCGCGCGGACCACGCCAGCGCACGACGAAGCGAGGAAGGCGGGGGACGCAAGAGCGGCGGGGGGCACCCCGCACAGGGAAGGCGAGGGCGAAAGGCGACCGAGGCACGGGAGAAGCCGAGCAGAGGGAGGCAGCACAGGAGACCAACGGCCGACAAGCCGAGAGGCGCGGGAGCCGCGACCGACAGGGCAGGCGGGGAGGACGGCGCGGCGCGAAGCAGGGAGCCAACCGAACCACACAAGCCGAGGACCACGCAGGCGCCGGACGGAAGAGCGGCGGCGAGGCACGCCCAACACCCACCCCGACGCCCGACAGGAGAGGGCGGGCGCCGACGCCGAGGCCGGCGGGCAAGGCCAAGGCGAGCCCCGCCGGGGCGCGCCGCCCAAGGGGGGAGAAGGAAGCACGGAAAGGGGGGAGGCAGACGAAAGGCGGCACGAGCACCCCCCACGCCCGGCCAGCGAGAGCGCCAGCCGGACGGGCCGGGCGGGCCGCGGGCGGGCAGCGCCGCCGACGACGGAGCACGGACGAGCCGCGCAGGCCAGCAAACGGGCCACGCGCCCGAAAACAAGCACGGCCGGCCACACCAAACGCGGCGAGCCCGGGCGAGAAAAAGCCCGCGGCGGCACAGGGCGCCCCACGAGCGGCGGCGGCAGGGGGGAGGCGGGCGGCGACAGGGGGGAAGCGCCCGACGACGGAGCACGGACAAGCCAGGCAGCCAGCAAACGCCCACGCAACACGCCCACGAAGCCCACGCAACACGCCCACGAAGCCCACAGAACGCCCAGGACAGCCGCCGGCCGGCGCCGCAGGCGGCCGCCAACACCGCACCCCCCGAGAGAGGCGGAAAAAAAAAAAAACCCAGGGACAGGAGGAGACAAGAGGGGCCAGAGAAGCAGAAGGAAAAGGGACAACCCAAAGAGGCACGGGCGAAGGGACAAACACACAGGAGCGGCCACAAAGGACGGGAGAGAGAGAAAAAAAGAGGGGCAACAAGGGGGGAAGGGGAGGGGGGCGGAAAGGCCGAAAGAGGAGGAAGAAAGAAGAACGAAGAGGAAAAAGAGCAAAAAAAGAGAAAAGGAACACCAAAAAGGCACAAAAAAAGAGGAACCGGAGAGCGAAAAAGGAGAAAGGGCAGGGGAAAAGGGACGGAAAAAAGAAGAAACCGGAAAAAGAAGGAAGGGGGGGACGAACGAACCGCGGGAGGCGGAAACGGGGAGAAGAGAGAGGGAAAAGAGGAAAGAGGGGAGGCAGGAAGGGGGGGCACGCGCGGGGAGGGGGAAGGCAGGACAGCCGCAAGGGGCGACCAAGGGGCGCAAGCCACGGCCGAGGCGGGCAGGCCACGGCCGACGGCGGCGGACCGGGGGGGCAGGCCAAGGCGAGGCGGGCAGGCCACGGCCGACGGCGGCGGACCGGGGGGGGCAGGCCAAGGGCGAGGCGGCCAGGCCACGGCCGACGGCGGCGGACCGGGGGGGCAGGCCAAGGGCGAGGCGGCCAGGCCACGGCCGACGGCGGCGGACCGGGGGGGCAGGCCAAGGGCGAGGCGGCCAGGCCACGGCCGACGGGGGCGGACCGGGGGGCAGGCCAAGGGCGAGGCGGGCAGGCCACGACCGACGGGGGCGGACCGGGGGGGCAGGCCAAGGGCGGGGCGGCCAGGCCACGGCCGACGGCGACGGAGCGAGGGGGCAGGCCACGCCCGACGGCGACGGAGCGAGGGGGCAGGCCACGGCCGACAGGGGCGGAGCGAGGGGGCAAGACAAGGGCGAGGGGGGCAGGCCACGGCCGACGGCGACGGAGCGAUGGGGGCAAGACAAGGGCGAGGGGGGCAGGCCACGGCCGACGGCGGCGGAGCGAGGGGGCAAGACAAGGGCGAGGGGGGCAGACCACGCGGGACGGCGACGGAGCGAGGGGGCAAGACAAGGGCGAGGCGGCAGGCCACGCCCGAGGCGAGCAGGCCACGGCCGAAGGCGGCGGACCGGGGGGGCAAGCCAAGGGCAAGGCGGCCAGGCCACGCCCGACGGCGGCGGAGCGGGGGGGCAAGCCAAGGGCGAGGCGGGCAGGCCACGCCAGAGGCGGGCAGGCCACGGCCGACGGCGGCGGACCGGGGGGGCAAGCCAAGGGCAAGGCGGGCAAGCCACGCCCGACGGCGGCGGAGCAGGGGGCACAGGCCACGGGGGAGGCGGGCAACCCGGGGCGGAGGGGCCCGGCGGGGGCCGACGACGCGGGCCCGAGGCGCACGGGCCACGGCCGAGGCGGGCAGGCCGGGCGGAGGCCGCCGGACGGGGGCCGACGGCGCGGGCCCGAGGCCCACCGACCACGGCCGAGCGCGCAGGCCGGGCGGAGGCGGCCGGGCCCCGGACGGGGAACGCCCCGGCGGCCGACAGAGACCCACAGGCCCCGGGGCAGCGGACGGGGCGGGAGAAGCGCACCCGACAGCCCAAAAAACCGCGGAGAGCGACAGCGGAGGGGGCCCGGAACGAGCAGGAGGCAGGAGAAAGGAACGCGACGGCACGAAAAACCGCACAAGGGAGCAGCGGGAGGGAACAACGGGGGGAGCAGCAGAAACAGAGAGGGCACAGAGAGGGCAACACGGGGCGGCAAACGAGGAAAGGCACGCAACAGGGAGGAGCGGCACGAGGGGCAACACGGGGGGAAGGGGGCCGCCAAGGAGGCAAGCAAGACAGAAACCGCCCGGGGGAAAGGGAGAAAGGAGGGGAGGGAGGGGGGGGAGGGGAAAGGGGGGGACGAAGCGGAGCGACAAAGGGCGGAAGCGCAGGGGAGCGGGGCAGCAAGGCCACGCGGCCACGACAAGACCCCGGCGCGGAGGAAGGCGGCGGCAAAGGAGGCGACCCGCCGCGCGAGGGAAAGGGGACGGCAAGCGGGCACCGCGACGCGGCCGGCGCGGCGACGGAGCCAACGACACGGGCCCGGGGGGGCCAAAGGCCCCGACGGCGGGGCGGCAAGCGGACGGCGGGCGCAGGCGGCGCGGCGAGCCCGGAGGCGGACGGAGAGGCGGGCAGGCAGAACCAGCACACGGGAGCGGCGCGCCACGGCGGGGCAACCAAGCGCGAGGACCAAUGGGGGAAGCAACGGGGCCGCGCGGACGAGGGGGAAGACGAGGGCGACACGGGCAGCAGGAGGGGAAAACGAACCGGGCGCACGACGGGCGAAACCCAGCGCACGGCCCGAGGGGGGGGAACAAGCCAACACGGGGGGAAGGCGGCGGCACAAGGAGAGGAAGAGCCGACAGCGAAGGAGCAAAAAGCAACGGCGCGAGGAACGCGGGGCGGCCACAAGCCAGGGAGCCCGGGGGGAACGGGGCGGACACCGCGAGCGGCGAAGGCCGAAGGGCGAAAGGAGCGGGAGGCCACGCGGGCACGGGGCGGAGGCGGACGGGAAAGCAGAAGCAAACGAGCGGGGACCCGGCGGGGCCACACGAGAGGGCGGGCGCGGGGAGCGCAGCGGAGGACACCGGCGGGAGCGGGGAACAGAGGGGCCGCCCCAGCCAAACGCCCCACCGGACAAGGGCGGCCGCCCGGAGCGGCCCGCGAAGCGAGCCGGGGGGCCAAAAAGAGGGGCAGGGCCCCGCGGCCGAGGCACGGAAGAAGGAAAAGAACGGGAAAAGGAGGGGGAGGGCACGGGCGCCGGGCGGCGCCCACGGAGACGACACCGCGCAAGGCAGGGCACAAAGGCGGACGAGAGGCAAGCGCAACAGGGGCUGCGGGCCCCGCGGAGGCGGCCAAGCCCGGGCCCGGGGCGGGGGGGGCGCGGGAGAGGAGACAGGGACAGGGGGAAGCGCGGGAAGCCAGGCAGGCGCGGCACGAAGGAGAGGACGAGGCAGGGGGCGACCGGAAGAGAGGCAGAGGGACGCCCGCCGGGGACCCGCGCGGGGGGGAAGGGCGGCACGGGGACAGGCAGAGCACGGGCAGAAAGCACAGGGCGGAAACAGCCGGGGGGACCAGCGCAAGGCGGGGGGAAGGAAACAGGCGGAGGCCCCGGGCCGGACCAGGGCGGAGGGGGCGGGCGACGCCCGGGAAGGCCCCCGAAGGAACCGGCCCAGGCCGGCCCCCGGCCGGCACGCGGCGACCCGCGCGCGCCGCGGAGCAGCGCGAGCAGGCCACCGACAGCCGACGGGGGCGGGACGGGGACCCCCGGGCCCAGCCCGCAGAGCCAAGCCGGGGCCCGAAGGACGGAGCCAGGGGCCGACGGCCCGGGCCGACAGGGGGCCAGCGACCAGAGGCGGGGCACCGGGGAGACCGGAGGCGGGAGGAGGACGACCGGGCGGGGACGGCAGGCGGGCCGCCGGAGGGCAAGGGCCGCCGGGAGCGCACCGGACACCACGCGACGGGCGGGGCGCGGCCAGCCGCGGGACCCGACCGCCGGCGGAGCCGAGGCCAGGGGGGGCAGCGGGGAAACAGAAAAGAGAACGCGGCCCGAGGCGCCCGCCGACGGCGCCGGACGGCCGAACGGGGCCGGCAACCGCCACGGCCCGGGGCAGGAAGGGGAACCCGAGGCCCGGCGGAGGACGCGCGAAACGCGCGAGCGGGCGGGGGCCCCCGACCCGGAGGAGCGACGAACCCAGGGGCAAGGGCCGGCACAGGGAACCGGGCCCCGCGGCGGCCGGCAAAGGCGCAGGGAAGAGGGCGACGACCACCAAGAGCGGCACCGACGGCCGCGCCGCCCAGGCGCACGCCCAAGGGGGCAGCGACCGCCGCGCCCGCCGACGCAGCGGGGCCGGGCACGGGCCCCGACGGCCGGGGGGAGGGCGCGCGCGGAAGCGCCAGCCAGGGGCGGGGCGAGGGAGGCGGCAGGGGAGGGGACACACGCCGGAGCGGAGGCGACGGCCAGGACCACCGGCCGGCGGGCGGAAGCGACCAACACCCGGGGGGAGCGAGGGGAGCGCGCAGGGGGCACCGGAACCCGGCGCCGGGGCAGCCCGCAGCGCCAGGGCGGCGGACCAAAAAGGGCCCACGGGGAGCGCGGGAGGCCGGGGCGCGGCGCAACAAAGCAGCCGCGCCGGCCGACCGAGGGAAAGGGGGAGAAGAGGGCGAGGGCGGGGCGCCCCCGAGGCCGCGAAGCAGGGGCGGGACCCGAGAGAACGCGCACGCGAGCGCCAGCGAGCCGGAGGGAAACGGCGGAGGGAACCAGCGACGAGACGGGGCGAGGAGGCGGGCGCCCCGAGACCCAAGGCAGACGAACGAGGGGCACGGCAGGAGCGCGGCGGGCCGCCACCAGAGGGCCGCGGGCGGCGCCCCGCGCAGGCAGAGGGCACCAGCGGGCGGGGCCCGACAGGGAGGCGCACACGCGAACCCGGCGCAGAAGAGCAAGGGCGGGCGGCGGGGCACCCCGCAGGGGGAGCCCACCAAGCAGCGGCCGGACGCCGGACGGGGGGACGCGCCCGGGGACGCGCACACAGGGCAGACGCCGGGGGCCGGGGGGCAAGACGGGGCGAAGGGGGAGCCCACAGGCCAGCGGCCGGAGCGCGCAGAGGCCGAAGCACGCCAGAGGCGCGCGCGGCCGACCACAAGCAAGGAGACGGCGGGCCGCGGGCGGAGCGAGAGCCCGGGCGGGGGCCGCCCCCCCAAGCCACGCGGGGCCACGCCCCGAGGCGAGCGGCGGACCGGCGCGGCACCGGGCCACAGCCGACCGGGGCGCAGCGCCGGCCCCCAGCCGCGGCCCGCCCGACAAGGGCAAGCACGCGGGGACGCGCGGGGCAAAGGCCGGGGCAGCGGGCCCGCGCGGGUACGGGGCGCGAGCGGGCGCGCGCCCGGAGGAGCCGGGGACGGAAGCACCGCCCGAGGGGGGCGGCAGGCCCAAACAACCCGACGCGGAGACAGCGCCGCGGGGGGCGACAGGGGCCGGGCACAACGGGCGCGCACCCGCGCGGGCGCCCCCGGCCAGGGGACGGGGGCCCGGGCCGCCGCGGAGGACGCGGCGCCAGACGACAAGGCGGACGACGGAGCCGCCCGAGGCGAAGAAGCCCGGGAACCAGCGAGGCGGGGAACGCAAGGGCGCCCGAAGCCAGGAGGCCGAGGGCACGGCGGCCGGGGCGGCACGCAGCGCGGCGCCCCCCGCAAGCCGCAAGGCGCAGCGCGGGGCGGAAGCGGGCCGCCCGGGCGCCCCGAGCGCGCGGCGGGCCGAAAGGCGAGGCCACGGCGACGGACGGCGCGGCAAGGGGGGGAAACGCAACGCGCGCGGGGGGGCGCGGCGACAGCCCGGCGGGCGGCCGGACGCCCAGACCCGGAGGGCGCCGGCGCGCGCCGACCGCGACCCCAGGGCAGGCGGGAGACCCGCGGAGGGGAAGCAGAGCAAGAAGCGGAGGAAAAGAAACGACAAGGAGGCCCGGAGGAACGGCGAGCGAACCGGGAACAGCCCAGCCGGAGAAGCGGGCGGCGCCGGCGGCCGAAGGGAGGCGGGAGAAGCGGCCGCAGCGGCGGACCGGGCCCAAGGCCCCGGGAAGGGGCGCCAGAGAGGGGGAGAGCCCCGGGGGCCCGGACCCGGGCGCACCACGAGGCGCGGGCGACGAGGCGGGGGGGGGGAAGGCAGCCCAAAGCGGGCGGGGAAGGCCGGCCAAGGCAAAGACGGGCGAGAGACCGAGAGCGAACAAGGACCGCGAGGGAAAGAGAAAAGGACGGGAAAAGAGAGGCAAAGAGGGCGGGAAAGGGGCGGGAGGGAAGCGGAGGGGGCCGGCGAGGCGCCCCGGGCGGAGGGGAACGGGGACGAGCCGGGCCGCCGAGCGACGCGGGGCGGGGACCAGCGGGAGGGGGGGGCGGCCAAAGCCCGGGCGCGCGAGACGCCCGCGGAACGCCGGCGCCGGGAGGGGGGAGGCAGCGCGCGCCGCGGGCGGGCGGCGGCAGCGGCGCGCGCCGGACGCGGGCCGGGGGCGCCCCAGGCGACCCGGCGGGAAACACGGACCAAGGAGGCGGACAGGGGGGCGAGGCAACGGGCGAGGAAACCCGGAAGGCGGAAGGAAGCGGAGGGGGGGAGCCCCCGGAGGGGGCACCGCCGACCGACCGGGAGCGGCGGAGAAGGGGCGAGGGGGAGCAGACCGGGCGGGACCCGAAAGAGGGGGAACGAGGCCGGAGCGGGGCGAAGCCAGAGGAAACGCGGGGGGAGGCCCGCAGCGAGACGGACGGGCAAAGCGGGCGGCGGACGGGGGAGAGGGGCGAAAGACGAAGCGAACCGGCGAGGAGCGGGGCCCGCCGAAGGGCCCGCAGGAGAGCGGGAGCGCGCGGGCGAGGGCGAGCGGGGAAAGCCAAGGAGGAGAGGCCGCGGGGGGCGCAACGCCCGCGACCGAGCGCAAACGGGAAAGAGGGAGGACGGCGCGGCGGCGGGGGAGCCGCGCCACGGAAGCAAGAGCGCCAAGGGGGCCAGGGGGGAAGCAGAACGGGCGAGGCGGGAGGAACCGGAAGCCGGGGGACGGGGCCAAACGGCGCGCGAACCGAGAGCCCACAAAGGGGGGGGCGAGGAAGACAGCAGGACGGGGGCAGGGAAGGCGAAAGCCGCGAAGGAGGGGGGAACAACGCACCGGCCGAAGCAACGAGCCCCGAAAAGGGAGGGCGCGGAAGCGCGCGACCGACACCCGGCCGCGGGGCAAGGGCCAGGCCCCGAGGAGGAGGAGGGCGCGGCGGGCGCGGCAAAACCGGGGCGGGAGCCGGGGCGGAGCGGCCGGCGGGGCAGAGCGGGGGGAGGAGCAAAGAGGCAAAGGAGAACGGGAAGGCCGAAGAGGGGAAAGGGCCAGGGGAACGGCACGGGCACAGGGGGAGGCGAGCCGAAGGGGCGGGGGAACCCCGACAGAGAGCGCGGGGCGCGCGGACGCCGAAAGGGAAGCGGGGGAAAAGGCCGGAACCGGGACGGGGCGGGGGACCGGCAACGGGAGGAAGGCCGGAGACGGCGGCGGGAGCCGCGGGAAGAGGGAGCGGGCGGGGAACAGCCGGCCCACCCGGGAAGCGGCGCAGCCGGAGGGAGGGCCAGCGGCGGGAAGAGCACCGCACGGCGCGGGGGGCCGGGGCGCGCCCGGCGGCCCGGGAAAAGCCGGAGGACCGAAGGCCGGCCACGCCCGGGCGGACGCAGAACCGCAGCAGGGCGCCAAGGGGAACAGCCGCGGGGCGAGGGAACAAGGGAGGCAAGGGAAGGCGGCAAAAGGGAGCCGGAACGGCGGGAAAAGGAGGGCGCGGAGGGCGGGGCACGGGGGCCCAGGCCCGAACCCGGCGGCGGGCGGGGACGGCGCGAGCGGCGCCCGCGGCGAGAGCGGGGCGCCGCGGGCCGGCCGGGGACGGACGGGGAACGGGCCGGCGGGGGCCGGCCCCGGGCGGCGAACAGCCAACGCAGAACGGGGACGGACAAGGGGAAGCCGACGGGGAAGGAAAACAAAGCAGGCGAGGGGCCCAACGGAGGGACGCAAGGGAGGCGGCCCAGGGCGCGGAAGGCAAAGGGAAGAAAGCAACCAAGCGCGGGGAAACGGCGGGAGAACGAGGACGCGCGAAGGGAGCCAAAGGCCGCGGCAGCGAAGGAGGACGCGCAGGAAGGGAGGAACGAGAGGCCCACGGCCCGGGCGACAGCCAGCGAAACCACAGCCAAGGGAACGGGCGGGCAGAAGCAGCGGGGAAAGAAGACCCGGGGAGCGGGACGCGAGGCCGACGGGGGAAAGGACGGGAGAGGGGAGAGAAGGGGAGCCGAAAGGCGAAAGGGAAAGACCACGACGGGAACGGAGGGACGAGGCCGGGAAGCGGAAGCGGGGCACGGCCCCGCGGGGGGACCCAAGGCGCGCGGCGCGGGCCGAGCCGGGCGGAAGACAGGGCAGGGGGGGAGGGGGGCGGGGCGGCACAGCGGGGAAAAGAGAACGCAGGGGCCGAAGAGGAGCGCAACGAGAACAGAAAGCGCGGGGGAACAGAAGGGGAAAAGCGCGGGGAGGCGGAGGCCAGGACGAAGACGAACCGGGAAAGCGGGGCCAACGAGCCGGAGACCGGCGGAAGGCGAAGCGAGAGGGGGCAGAAAAGGACCACAGGGAGAACGGGCGGGGGCAGCCAAGCGGGCAGAGCGACGGGCGGGGGAGCCGGCGAGGGCGGCGCGGCCGAGCAGGGGGAAGCAGAAGGCACCAAGGGGGGAGGGGCACCCACCAAGAGGGAACGGGAGCGGGGGGAGACCGGCGGGAGACAGGGGAGGGACCCGACGGAGGACAGGGGCGCAAGAGGAAGGCAACCGAGGACGAGAGGAACCGGGGAGGCACACAAGGGGCAGCGCGCGGGGGGAAAAGCCAGGGGCGCGAAGCGACCGGGGGCGGGAGGAGGACGGAACGCCGCGAAGGCAGAAGCCGGGCGAGAAGCGACGCAGGCGCCCGCCGGCCGCGGGCCGACCCGCAGGAGGGGCCGGGGCCCCCAAGGGCACGGGGCGGGGCGAAGGCGCCGCGACGGAAGCGGCGCGGGACCGCCGGGAAGGACAAGGCCAGCGAGCGGCGGGGAGAAGCCGGGGCAGACGACGGAAAGACGCGACGGGGGAGGGGAAGGGGCAGAGGGGCCGGGCGGCCACGAGCCACGGAGAGGCAGCCCGGGGGCGCGCCGAGGCGGCCCCCCCACGGCCCCCGCCCCCAACCGCAAAGCCAAGCAGGCGAACGGCCAAAAGGGAGGGGAGGAGGGCGGGCAGCCGGGGAAGGAAAAAAGGCACCAAGGGGGGAAAAAGAAGGGCCGAGAAGAACAGGGGCGGGAAAGGACGAGGGGGCCGCCAAGGGGGAACGAGAGGGGAACGAGAGGGGCGAGGAGGAGCAAAAAGGGGGCAAGAACGAGGCGCCAGGGGAGGGGGCGGGACGGCGAGGGCAGGGCGCAGGCCGAAGGAGACGGGAAGGGCACAAGAACGAGGGCGCGAGAAGAGGGGGGGGGAGGGCGGGGGCGAGGCGAAAGCCAAGGAAGAGGCCAAGGGGCAGGGGGGCGAGGGAGGCAGCAGGGGCGGGCCACGGCCGGGGCCAGGCAGCAGCAGCCAAGGCCGGCGCGCAGCGGACGGGGGAGGGGGCAGCGGGCAAGCGACGGCGGCCAACGGCAGGCGGCAGCAGCCAAGGCCGGCACGCAGCGGACGGGGCACGGGCGCAGCGGGCAAGCGGCGGCGGCCAACGACGGGCAACAGCAGCCAAGGGGGGCACGCAGCAAACGGGGCCGGGGCACAAGGCGCAGCCGACGGCGGGCGGGGCGGGCCCGCAGGCCCGGGGCGGGCACACAACGGGCAGCCGACGGCGGACGGGGCAGGCCCGCAGCGGGCGGGCCGGCCCGCAGCGCCCGGGGCGGGCACACAACGAGCAGCCGACGGCGGGCGGGGCCGGGCCGCAGGGCCCGGGGCGGGCACACAACGGGCAGCCGACGGCGGACGGGGCAGGCGCGCAGCGGGCGGGGCCGGACCGCAGCGCCCGGGGCGGCACACAGCGCGCAGGCGACGGCAAGCGGGGGCGGCCCACAGCGCCCGGGCGGCACACAGCGCGCAGCCGACGGCGGCCGGGGCCGGCCCACAGCGCCCGGGGCGGCACACAGCGCGCAGGCGACGGCGGCCGGGGCCGGCCCACAGCGCCCGGGGCGGGCACACAGCGCGCAGCCAAGGGCGGCCGGGGCCGGCCCACAGCGCGCAGGCGACGGCGGGCGGGGCCGGCCCACAGCGCGCAGGCGACGGCGGCCGGGGCCGGGCCGCACCGCCCGGGGACGGCACACAACGGGCAGCCAACGGCGGGCGGGGACGGCCCGCAGCGCCCGGGGACGGCACACAACGGGCAGCCAACGGCGGCCGGGGACGGGCCGCAGCGCCCGGGGACGGCACACAACGGCAGCCGACGGCGGCCGGGGCCGGGCCGCAGCGCCCGGGGACGGCACACAACGGGCAGCCGACGGCGGCCGGGGCCGGGCCGCAGCGCCCGGGACGGCACACAACGGGCAGCCGACGGCGGCCGGGGACGGCCCGCAGCGCCCGGGGACGGCACACAACGGGCAGCCGACGGCGGCCGGGGACGGCCCGCAGCGGCCGGGCGGGCGCAACAGGGGCGACAACGGGCGGAGGGCCAGGCAGGCCCAAAAGCAAAAGAGCGGGAAACACCCGGCAGGCAGAACAAGAGAGGCAGCGAGGGCCAGCAGCGAGGCGCAACGGGCCGCCGCACGCGGGCGGGCGGACCAAACGGCAGGAGGGGACGGGGAGAGGGGACGGAACAGGGAAAAAGGAAAAGGGACGAAAGGGGAGAGCGAAGGGACGAGAGGAGGGGGAAGGGGGGGGAAGGGAGAGGGGGAGAGGGCCGAGGAGGAGAAGGAGGACGAAGAGGGCGGAAAGGGCCGAAAAAAAAGAAAAAGGAAAAAAAAGGGGGGAAAACGAGGGGGAGAGAGAGAAAAGGCAGGGGGGAAGCGAAGGGGGGGGGACCGGAGAACGGGCAGAGGGGGGGGACAGGGCAGGAGGAGGCGCGGGAAAAAGCGGGGCGACGCCGGCACAGGGGGGGGGGGGAAGCAGAGAGAAGGGGGAGAGGGGGGGAGGCAGACGGAGGCGACGGCAGGCGGAGGCAGGGGCGGGCGGGGGCGGAGGGGGCGGGGGCGGGGGCGGAGGGGGCGGGGGCGGGGGCGGGGAGGGCAGGCAGGGCGGGCCGGGCGACGGCGGCGGGCGCGGACAAAAACAGGGCGACGACCGCCGACAAAAACAGGCCGACGACCGCGCGGGGGGCGACCAGGGGCCGCCGAGGGCAGGGGCGCGACCGGGCGAGACGCGGGGGGGGGGAACGGCAGGGCGGGGGGCGGGCGAGGGGCAAGGGGAGGGCAGGCGCGGCGCGGCCGGGCGACGGCGGCGGAGGCGCGGCAAGCACGAGGCACGCACGGCCAAGGACGGCGGGACGCGAGAGCGGGACCGGGCGGGGGGGGGCGCGGGCAAGAACGGAGGCGGCCGCCAACACCGGACAGGGAGGAAAGGCGCAACCCCCGGGGCGGCGCGCAACGGCGGGGAGAGCAGGGCCGGGCAACGAAGGCAGCGGCGGCGGCGCACGACAGCGCAGGGCGGGCGGCGGGGGGGGGGGCGGGCAGCGACGAAGCGAGCACGGACGGCGCAGGAGGGGAAGCGGCGGGGGGGGAGGGGGAGCCCGGCGGCGAGCAGCGACGGCCGAACCCGCAGGCCAGGGCGGGCGCGGAGCAAGCGCAAGCGAGGCGGGCGGACGGGGGAGCCGGGGCGGCAGACCGAAGGCCGAGGCAGGACGCACGGGCAAGCGGGCGCCGGGCGCCCCGCGCAGCCAGGGCGGGGGAACCCAAAAGCCGCGCGGCGGCCCACGCCGGCCGCGCGGCGGCGGGCGAGGGCGGGGGCCGCGAGCGGCGGCGGGAAGGCGCGGAGGCGGGAGACGCAGGGGGCAGGGGCCGCACCGGCGCCGAGCGGCCCAAAACGAAGGCGCCGGGCGAAGGACGGCCGCGCACGCCGGGAACCCGCCGGGCCCGGACGGGCGCGGCGGGCGCAGGCGGCGCGCGGCGGCGGGGAGGAAGGCGACCGGGGGAGCCGGCCAGGAGGCAGAGGCGGGCGCAAAGAGGAAGCCAGGCAGGGGAAGGAGGAACAAAGGCAGACGGGGAAACGGCGAAGGGCGCAGAAAGCAGGAGAGGGGGGGAGGGGAGCGACGACGCGGAGAACCGGAGGAAGGCGAGAGCGAAGACGGGCAACAAACCCCGACGGCGGGAAGGGAGGCAGGAGGAGAGAAAAGGGCGACGCGGGCGCGGCCCGGGGCGGCGAGGAGGCAGGAGAACGCGACGGAGCGCACGGCCAGCGGGCCGGCGACGCAGCAGGCAAAGGCGGCCCGAGCAACGGCGAGGGAGGAGAGGGGCCGACCAGGGGGGGACGGGGACGGAGAAGGAGGGGCGAGGCCGGAGAGGGAGCCGGAGAAACGGCGACCACAGCCAAGGAAGGCAGCAGGCGCGCAAAGACCCAAGCCGGACACGGGGAGGGAGGGACAAGAAAGAACAAGACCGGGCGCGAGGAGGCGGGAAGGGGAAGGAGGACAAGCGAAAGCCCGAACGAGGAGCCAGGGGAGGGCAAGGCGGGGCCAGCAGCCGCGGGAAGGCCAGCGCCAAGAGCGGAAGGAAGGGGGCAGGGAAAAAGCGCGGAGGGGGACGGGGGAGGGGCCGGCCGGGCCGCCCGAGGGGGCACCGGGCGGCGCGGCCCGGCGGGCGGCGAGGCGCGCCGGGCCGGAAGGGCCGGGGCGGGCCGCCGGCGCGGGACGGGGAAGAAAGGAGAGGCGCAAAGCAAGCCGACGCGCGGGAGACAGAGCAGGGGAGAACAGGAGAGGAGGCGGGCCGAGACGGGGGCCGCGGGAGCGGAGGAAGGAGAACAGGGACAGGCGGGGCAGGCGGAGGCAGAGGCAGAGGGGAAAGGCGGGAGGAGGAAAGACGAACAACGGCGAAAGCAGGGCCAAGGAGGGGCAGAAGCAAGAACGAAAGGGGGGGCGCGAAGACGAGCAGAGACCGGCCGAGGCGCAACCAGAAACGAGGCCGACCAGGGAGCGGCGGAGGGGGCGGGAGGACGCCGCCGGCACCGGAGGAGAAAGCAAAGGGGGGGGCCGGGGGAGGAGGGCGCAAGGCGGAAACGGAAAGGAAGGACGGAAGGGCACCACCAGGAGGGGAGCCGGCGGCGAAGGGACGCAACACGGGGAAACGGACCAGGGCCAGACAGAGGAAGGAGGACAGACGGAGAGCGCGGCGGGAGCGAGGGGGGGGGGGCAGGGCCGGCGAGGGGGGGAGCGAGGGGCGGGGAAGGCCGGGAACGAACGAGACCGCAGCCGGCGAACGAGCGAGGCGGAGGGAGCCCGGCGCGGCCAGCGGCGGAGAGGGACGACGGCCGGGAGGCCGCGGAAGGGGGAGGCAAAACAGGGCGGGAGGCCCGGAGAGGGCGGGGCCGCACGCGCGCGACACGGAGGAGCAACGAGCGGAGAGCCGGGGCCGACAGGCCCGGGGAAGCGGGAAAGGCAGCGGGAGGGGAGAGAGCAGGGCAAGGGGGGCGGCAACGAGGAAGCCGAGGAAGCGCGAGGCAGCAGCGCGCGGGGACGACGGCCCGGCCCGGGACACACCGCCCGGCGCGCCGACCGAGGAAGGAGCCGGGGAAAGGGCGGAGCGCGGCGACGGGGGCGGGCGCGGCCCGCGACGGCGCGAGAAGGCCAGGAACCGGAGCAGGGAGAGGAAGGAGAAGGCGGAACAAGGGGCCGGAGGGGAACCGGCGGAAGGAGCAGGGGCGAAACCGGCAAAGCAGAACGACCCGCGAACACGGGGAAACACGGGGGGCGACGCGCGCGCGGCGGCGCCGCCCGCCCGGCCCCGACCGGCGCGCGGGCGCGCGCGGGGGGGGGCCAACGAACCCCGGCGCGGAAAGCGCCAAGGAAGACGAAAAGCGGCAGCCCGCCCCGCGCGCCCCGGGCGCGGAGCGGGCGGGGGGACGCGCGCGGCGCGGAAACACAAACGACGCGCGGCAACGGAAGCGCGGCGCGCGCAGCGAGGAAGAACGGAGCGAAAGGCGAGACGGGGGGGAAGGGCAGAAGCCCGGGAACCAGCGAGGCGGGGAACGCAAGGGGCGCCCGAAGCCAGGAGGCCGAGGGCACGGCGGCCGGGCGGCACGCAGCGCGGCGCCCCCCGCAAGCCGCAAGGCGCAGCGCGGGCGGAAGCGGGCCGCCCGGGCGCCCCGAGCGCGCGGCGGGCCGAAAGGCGAGGCCACGGCGACGGACGGCGCGGCAAGGGGGGGGAAACGCAACGCGCGCGGGGGCGCGGCGACAGCCCGGCGGGCGGCCGGACGCCCAGACCCGGAGGCGCCGGCGCGCGCCGACCGCGACCCCAGGCAGGCGGAGGACCCGCGGAGGGAAGCAGAGCAAGAAGCGGAGGAAAAGAAACGACAAGGAGGCCCGAGGAACGGCGAGCGAACCGGGAACAGCCCAGCCGGAGAAGCGGGCGGCGCCGGCGGCCGAAGGGAGGCGGGAGAAGCGGCCGCAGCGGCGGACCGGGCCCAAGGCCCCGGGAAGGGGCGCCAGAGAGGGGAGAGCCCCGGGGGCCCGGACCCGGGCGCACCACGAGGCGCGGCGACGAGGCGGGGGGGGGAAGGCAGCCCAAAGCGGGCGGGGAAGGCCGGCCAAGGCGAAAGACGGGCGAGAGACCGAGAGCGAACAAGGACCGCGAGGGAAAGAGGAAAAGGACGGGGAAAAGAGAGGCAAAGAGGGCGGGAAAGGGCGGGAGGAAGCGGAGGGGGCCGGCGAGGCGCCCCGGGCGGAGGGGAACGGGACGAGCCGGGCCGCCGAGCGACGCGGGGCGGGGACCAGCGGGGAGGGGGGGCGGCCAAAGCCCGGGCGCGCGAGACGCCCGCGGAACGCCGGCGCCGGGAGGGGGGAGGCAGCGCGCGCCGCGGGCGGGCGCGGCAGCGGCGCGCGCCGGACGCGGCCGGGGGCGCCCCAGGCGACCCGGCGGGAAACACGGACCAAGGAGGCGGACAGGGGGCGAGGCAACGGGCGAGGAAACCCGGAAGGCGGAAGGAAGCGGAGGGGGGGACCCCCGGAGGGGGCACCGCCGACCGACCGGGAGCGGCGGAGAAGGGGCGAGGGGGAGCAGACCGGGCGGGACCCGAAAGAGGGGAACGAGGCCGGAGCGGGGCGAAGCCAGAGGAAACGCGGGGGGAGGCCCGCAGCGAGACGACGGGCAAAGCGGGCGGCGGACGGGGGAGAGGGGCGAAAGACGAACGAACCGGCGAGGAGCGGGGCCCGCCGAAGGGCCCGCAGGAGAGCGGGAGCGCGCGGGCGAGGCGAGCGGGAAAGCCAAGGAGGAGAGGCCGCGGGGCGCAACGCCCGCGACCGAGGCGCAAACGGAAAGAGGGAGGACGGCGCGGCGGCGGGGGAGCCGCGCCACGGAAGCAAGAGCGCCAAGGGGGCCAGGGGGGGAAGCAGAACGGGCGAGGCGGGAGGAACCGGAAGCCGGGGACGGGGCCAAACGGCGCGCGAACCGAGAGCCCACAAAGGGGGGGGGGCGAGGAAGACAGCAGGACGGGGGGCAGGGAAGGCGAAAGCCGCGAAGGAGGGGGAACAACGCACCGGCCGAAGCAACGAGCCCCGAAAAGGGAGGGCGCGGAAGCGCGCGACCGACACCCGGCCGGCGGGGCAAGGGCCAGGCCCCGAGGAGGAGGAGGGCGCGGCGGGCGCGGCAAAACCUGGGGCGGGGAGCCGGGGCGGAGCGGGACCGGCGGGGCAAGAGGGGGAAGGGGCAGGAGCACCAAGGGGAAGGCAGGGAAGGACGGAAGCAGCGCGCGCGAAGGGCGCGGAGCCGAAACGGGAGGCGACGCGGGCGGGGCAGAGAGCGCGGCGGGGCGCCGCCGCCGGACGGCCGAACGGGGCCGGCAACCGCCACGGCCCGGGGCAGGAAGGGGAACCCGAGGCCCGGGCGGAGGACGCGCGAAACGCGCGAGCGGGCGGGGCCCCCGACCCGGAGGAGCGACGAACCCAGGGGCAAGGGCCGGGCACAGGGAACCGGGCCCCGCGGCGGCCGGCAAAGGGCGCAGGGGAAGAGGGGCGACGACCACCAAGAGCGGCACCGACGGCCGCGCCGCCCAGGCGCACGCCCAAGGGGGCAGCGACCGCCGCGCCCGCCGACGCAGCGGGGCCGGGCACGGGCCCCGACGGCCGGAGGGCGGCGCGCGGAAGCGCCAGCCAGGGCGGGGCGAGGGGAGGCGGCAGGGGAGGGACACACGCCGGAGCGGAGGGCGACGCCAGGACCACCGGCCGGCGGGCGAAGCGACCAACACCCGGGGGGAGCGAGGGGAGCGCGCAGGGGGCACCGGAACCCGGCGGCCGGGGCAGCCCGCAGCGCCAGGCGGCGGACCAAAAAGGGCCCACGGGGAGCGCGGGAGGCCGGGGCGCGGCGCAACAAAGCAGCCGCGCCGGCCGACCGAGGGAAAGGUGGAGAAGAGGGCGAGGGCGGGCGCCCCCGAGGCCCGAAGCAGGGGCGGACCCGAGAGAACGCGCACGCGAGCGCCACUAGCCGGAGGGAAACGGCGGAGGGAACCAGCGACGAGACGGGCGAGGAGGCGGGCGCCCCGAGACCCAAGGCAGACGAACGAGGGGCACGGCAGGAGCGCGGCGGGCCGCACCAGAGGGCCGCGGCGGCGCCCCGCGCAGGCAGAGGCACCAGCGCGGGGCCCGACAGGAGGCGCACACGCGAACCCGGCGCAGAAGAGCAAGGCGGGCGGCGGGCACCCCCAGGGGAGCCCACCAAGCAGCGGCCGGACGCCGACGGGGGACGCGCCCGGGGACGCGCACACAGGGCAGACGCCGGGGGCCGGGGGCAAGACGGGGCGAAGGGGGAGCCCACAGGCCAGCGUCCGGAGCGCGCAGAGGCCGAAGCACGCCAGAGGCGCGCGCGGCCGACCACAAGCAAGGAGACGGCGGGCCGCGGCGGAGCGAGAGCCCGGGCGGGGCCGCCCCCCCAAGCCACGCGGGCCACGCCCCGAGGCGAGCGGCGGACCGGCGCGGCACCGGGCCACAGCCGACCGGGGCGCAGCGCCGGCCCCCCACCGCGCCCGCCCGACAAGGCAAGCACGCGGGACGCGCGGGCAAAGCCGGCACGGCCCGCCGGACGGGGGCGCGAGCGGCCGCGCCCGAGGAGCCGGGACGGAACACCGCCCGAGGGGCGCAGCCCAAACAACCCGACGCGGAGACAGCGCCGCGGGGGCGACAGGGGCCGGGCACAACGGGGCGCGCACCCCGCGGGCGCCCCCGCCAGGGGACGGGGCCCGGGCCGCCGCGGAGGACGCGGCCAGACGACAAGGCGGACGACGGAGCCGCCCGAGCGAAGGCGGGGCGGGGCCCGGGGCGCGCGCCGGACGAAGGGAAGCCGGGGAAGGGGCGGGGCCGCCGCGAGGGAGAGGCGGAAACGCAGCGGGGAAGCCCGCCGGACCGGGGGGCGCGGGCGGAGCGCGCAGGCGCAAGCAGGGGCGGGGGAGGCCGACGCACGACGGGCGGGAGCCGCGACAACAAGAGAGAGGGGAGGGCAACCACCACGGGCCGCGACGGCCGGCGACGGGGACGCGCAGGAGGCCAGCCGCGCGCGCGGGCGCACGGGAGGCCAGCGGCCGCCCCGCGCGGAGCCGGCGCGGGCGGGGGGCGACGCGAGGCGGGACGCCCAGGCAGACGGGCCCGCGGCCGAAGGGCGGCGGGCGCAACGGGCGGGCAAGACGCGAGGGGGCACGGGAGGCGGCAAGGCACACCAAGGAGCGCAGGCGCGACGGGCGGCAGCGAGGCGAGAGCCGAGAAGUCCGGGCCGAGAGGCGGGGGGGGGAAAGAGCAGCGCGCGGCCCCCCGCACGAGCCGCGAACGGGGCGCGAGGGGAGCGGCCGAGGGAGGAGGCCGGGGCGCGGGCCGCGCCGGGGGCGGGGCCCCCAAAACGAGCGCGCAAGCGCGCAGGGCGGGACGGGAGGGAGGCGACGACGAGCGCGCGGCGCCCCCAAGGGGGGAAAACGGGGCGCGGGCGGGCGGCGGGGCAGGGUCGACAAGGAGCCGGCGCAGGUCACCGACGGAAACCGGGGGACGACGGCGCCGCCGCUAAAGAGAAGGGCAAGGACGGCGCGCGACGCGCGGGCAGCGAACCGCCCACGGCGCCCGAGCCGAACAGGCACCGGAGCAGGCAAGCGGGAGGAGCGACGGGCGGGGGACAAAGGGCAGGGACGGAGGCAACGCGAGCGGAGGACUCGCGCGGACGAGGAAGGCCGCGGGGAAGACCAACAAGGGCAAGAGCGAGCCCCAGCACGAGGAAAGGGCAAAGAGGACCCGGGCCGGCGGCCAAGGCCGGAGGCCCGCGAAGAAGCGGGCCGCGAAGGGAGACCGCCGCAGAGCGAGGGAGCAGGGGAGGCGCGGGCGGGAACGGAAGAACCAGACAAAGCGCCCACCAACGAAGAACGGCCAGGCACCACCACCCAGAGAAGCAAGAAAGAGCGCCAGGCGGGCAAGCCGACAGGCGGACCGGGGAAGGCCCCGGGGGGAGGCAAAGGAAGCCGCAGGCGCCAGCCGGGGGGCCCGGCCGGCAAGGCCGGGAAGGGCAGCCGGCGACCAGACGCCCCCGGAACCCAAAAACGGAGUGCGCAGAAGGGGCCGGCGGAGGCCGAAAAGCAACAGCCGCCGAGCCCGGGGCGGCACGGGGAGGGGAGACGAGGACGGGAGCGGAGCGGCGGCGAGCCCCCCAACGCGGGCGGAGGAAGGAAAACCCGGCAAAGGCGGGCGCAGGGGGCGGCGGGCAUAAAGCCAAGAAGGCACCGCGGACGAGGAAAGACGAAGGCCCCCCGACGGUCCCGGGAAGCAGGACGCCGAGCCCGAAGGCCAACGGAAGAGGACCGAAAGCCAGAAGGAGCCCAGGCGAAGGAGACAGAGCGGAGGGCGGCGGGAGCACGCGAAGGGCGGCAAAGAACCAGCGCCGGAGGCACGACCCGGCCAAGGAAGGCCAGGAGCGCAGCGCCGACAGAAGGGACGAGACGACCGGGGCACACCGAGGGCGGACCGGCCGGCCCAGCCCAAAGGCCAACGACGAGCGGGGAACGGCAACAACGGAAAGAGACGCGAGGGGAGCGGGAAGGACCGCGGCGGCGGGCACCAGACGGGCCCGCCAAGGGAGCCGCGGGAAGGGAGGGAGAGGGGACGCAGGCCAAGGACCAGACGCAGAGAGCCCGGAGGGGGAGGGAGGGCACGACCGCCCCGGGGCAGGGGGGAAGGGGCGCGCCGGCGGCCGGCCGGGGAGGGGGAGCCGGGGCGCAGGCGCCCGCGCCGGAAGCGAACCCGAAGGCGCCGGCACCCGGCACCACCAGGGGAGGCCACGAGCCGACCAGCGAAAGGGGAGAGGGCAGAAAGGGAAGGAGGCGGCGCCGGCACGAGGGCCGGGCGAGCCGGCGAGGGAGCAGGAAGCAGCGCAGCAACGGGCAGAGCCCGCGGCGACCGGGAGCGAAGAAAGGCAGCCCGGCCAGAAGGCGGGGGGGGGCACGGAGGAGCGCGAGAAGGACGACGGGAGCCGAGGAGAGAGACCAGCAAACAAACGAGAACGGAGGGAAGGAGCCAGGCGCAGGGGCACAGGCGGAAGGGGGCAGACGGACACAGGCAGGGCGGAAGCGGGGAGACAAGCAGAGGACGACGGGCAGGAGCAACCAGGGAGCAGGCCGCAACGACGCCGCGCGCCGCAGGAGCCCGCCGCGCCCGGACGGGCACGGAGGGGGCAAGGCGGGCGCGGCCGGCAGGCGCAAGGAGCAGGCGGGGGGCAGAGAGGAGCCGGGAAGGCCCCAGGCCCACGGCGGCGACCGAAGCCGAGAAGGCCAGCCGCCGCGCGCGGACCACGCCAGCGCACGACGAAGCGAGGAAGGCGGGGGACGCAAGAGCGGCGGGGGGGCACCCCGCACAGGGAAGGCGAGGGGCGAAAGGCGACCGAGGGCACGGGAGGAAGGCCGAGGCAGGAGGGAGGCAGCACAGGAGACCAACGGCCGACAAGCCGAGAGGGCGCGGGAGCCGCGACCGACAGGGCAGGCGGGGGAGGACGGCGCGGCGCGAAGCAGGGAGCCAACCGAACCACACAAGCCGAGGACCACGCAGGCGCCGGACGGGAAGAGCGGCGGCGAGGCACGCCCAACACCCACCCCGACGCCCGACAGGAGAGGGCGGGCGCCGACGCCGAGGCCGGCGGGCAAGGCCAAGGCGAGCCCCGCCGGGGCGCGCCGCCCAAGGGGGGGAGAAGGGAAGCACGGGAAAGGGGGGGAGGCAGACGAAAGGGCGGGCACGAGCACCCCCCACGCCCGGGCCAGCGAGAGCGGCCAGCCGGACGGGGCCGGGCGGGCCGCGGGCGGGCAGCGCCGCCGACGACGGAGCACGGACGAGCCGCGCAGGCCAGCAAACGGGCCACGCGCCCGAAAACAAGCACGGCCGGGCCACACCAAACGCGGCGAGCCCGGGCGAGAAAAAGGCCCGCGGCGGCACAGGGGCGCCCCACGAGCGGGCGGCGGCAGGGGGAGGCGGGCGGCGACAGGGGGGGGAAGCGCCCGACGACGGAGCACGGACAAGCCAGGCAGGCCAGCAAACGCCCACGCAACACGCCCACGAAGCCCACGCAACACGCCCACGAAGCCCACAGAACGCCCAGGACAGCCGCCGGCCGGCGCCGCAGGCGGCCGCCAACACCGCGACCCCCCGGAGAGAGGCGGAAAAAAAAAAAACCCAGGGGACAGGAGGAGACAAGAGGGGCCAGAGAAGCAGAAGGAAAAGGGACAACCCAAAGAGGCACGGGCGAAGGGACAAACACACAGGAGCGGCCACAAAGGACGGGAGAGAGAGAAAAAAAGAGGGGGCAACAAAGGACGAGACGAAAAAAAAGAAAAAGGAAAAAAAAGGGGAAAACGAGGGGGAGAGAGAGAAAAGGCAGGGGGAAGCGAAGGGGGGGGACCGGAGAACGGGCAGAGGGGGGACAGGGCAGGGAGGCGCGGGAAAAAGGGGCGACGCCGGGCACAGGGGGGGGGGAAGCAGAGAGAAGGGGGGAGAGGGGGAGGCAGACGGAGGCGACGGCAGGCGGAGGGCAGGGCGGCGGGGGCGGAGGGGCGGGGGGGGGGGCGGAGGGGGCGGGGGCGGGGCGGGGAGGGCAGGCAGGGCGGGCCGGGCGACGGCGGCGGGCGCGGACAAAAACAGGGCGACGACCGCCGACAAAAACAGGCCGACGACCGCGCGGGGGCGACCAGGGGCCGCCGAGGGCAGGGCGCGACCGGGCGAGACGCGGGGGGGAACGGCAGGGCGGGCGGGCGAGGGGCAAGGGAGGGCAGGCGCGGCGCGGCCGGGCGACGGCGGCGGAGGCGCGGCAAGCACGAGGCACGCACGGCCAAGGACGGCGGGACGCGAGAGCGGGACCGGGCGGGGGGGCGCGGCAAGAACGGGAGGCGGCCGCCAACACCGGGACAGGGAGGAAAGGCGCAACCCCCGGGGGCGGCGCGCAACGGCGGGGAGAGCAGGGGCCGGGCAACGAAGGCAGCGGCGGCGGCGCACGACAGCGCAGGGCGGGCGGCGGGGGGGCGGGCAGCGACGAAGCGAGGCACGGACGGCGCAGGAGGGGGAAGCGGCGGGGGGGAGGGGAGCCCGGCGGCGAGCAGCGACGGCCGAACCCGCAGGCCAGGGCGGGCGCGGAGCAAGCGCAAGCGAGGCGGGCGGACGGGGGAGCCGGGGCGGCAGACCGAAGGCCGAGGCAGGACGCACGGGCAAUCGGGCGCCGGCGCCCCGCGCAGGCCAGGGGCGGGGGAACCCCAAAAGCCGCGCGGGCGCCCACGCCCCGCCGGCGGCGGGCGAGGGCGGGGCCGCGAGCGGCGGCGGGAAGGCGCGGAGCGGGAACGCAGGGGCAGGGGCCGCACCGCGCCAGCGCCCAAAACGAAUGCGCCGGGCGAAGGACGGCCGCGCACGCCGGGAACCCGCCGGGCCCGGACGGCGCGCGGGCGCAGGCGGCGCGCGGCGGCCGGGGAGGAAGGCGACCGGGGGAGCCGGCCAGAGGCAGAGGCGGGGCGCAAAGAGGAAGCCAGGCAGGGAAGGAGGAACAAAGUCAGACGGGGAAACGGCGAAGGGCGCAGGAAAGCAGGGAAGGGGGGGAGGACGAGACGCGGAGAACCGGAGAAGGCGAGAGCGAAGACGGGCAACAAACCCCGACGGCGGGAAGGGAGGCAGGAGAGAGAAAAGGGCGACGCGGGCGCGGCCCGGGGCGGCGAGGAGGCAGGAAACGCGACGGAGCGCACGGCCAGCGGGCCGGCGACGCAGCAGGCAAAGGCGGCCCGAGCAACGGCGAGGGAGGAGAGGGCCGACCAGGGGGACGGGGACGGAGAGAGGGGGCGAGCCGGAGAGGGAGCCGGAGAAACGGCGACCACAGCCAAGGAAGCAGGCAGGCGCGCAAAGACCCAAGCCGGACACGGGGAGGAGGACAAGAAAGAACAAGACCGGGCGAGGAGGCGGGGAAGGGGAAGGAGACAAGCGAAAGCCCGAACGAGACCAGGGGAGGGCAAGGCGGGGCCAGCAGCCGCCGGGAAGCCAGCCCAAGAGCGGAGAGGAAGGGGGCAGGGAAAAAGCGCGGAGGGACGGGGAGGGGCCGGCCGGCCGCCCGAGGGCACCGGGCGGCGCGGCCCGCGGCGGCCGAGCGCGCCGGCCGAAGGCCGGGGCGGCCGCCGGCGCGGGACGGGAAGAAAGAGAGGGCGCAAAGCAAGCCGACGCGCGGAGACAGAGCAGGGGAAACAUGAGGAUGCGGCCGAGACGGGGCCGCGGGAGCGGAGGAAGAGGAACAGGGACAGGCGGGGCAGGCGAGGCAGAGGCAGAGGGGGAAAGCGGGAGGAGGAAAGACGAACAACGGCGAAAGCAGGGCCAAGGAGGGGGCAGAAGCAAGAACGAAAGGGGGGGCGCGAAGACGAGCAGAGACCGGCCGAGGCGCAACCAGAAACGAGGCCGACCAGGAGCGGCGGAGGGGCUGGAGGACCCGCCGGCACCGGAGGAGAAAGCAAAGGGGGGGGCGGGGGAGAGGGGCGCAAGGCGGAAACGAAAGGAAGGACGGAAGGGCACCACCAGGAGGGGAGCCGGCGCGAAGGGACGCAACACGGGGAAACGUACCAGGGCCAGACAGAGGAAGGAGGACAGACGGAGAGCGCGGCGGAGCGAGGGGGGGGGGCAGGGCCGGGCGGAGGGGGGAGCGAGGGGCGGGGAAGGCCGGAACGAACGAGACCCAGCCGGCAACGAGCGAGCGGAGAGCCCGGCGCGGCCAGCGGAGAGGGACGACGGCCGGGAGGCCGCGAAGGGGAGGCAAGAACAGGGCGGGAGCCCGGAGAGGGCGGGCCGCACGCCGCGACACGGAGGAGCAACGAGCGGAAGCCGGGCCGACAGGCCCGGGGAAGCGGGGAAAGGCAGCGGGAGGGGAGAGAGCAGGGCAAGGGGGGCGGCAACGAGGAAGCCGAGGAAGCGCGAGCAGCAGCGCGCGGGACGACGGCCCGGCCCGGACACACCGCCCGGCGCGCCGACCGAGGAAGGAGCCGGGAAAGGGCGGAGCGCGGCGACGGGGGCGGGGCGCGGCCCGCGACGGCGCGAGAAGGCCAGGAACCGAGCAGGAGAGGAAGGAGAAGGCGGAACAAGGGGCCGAGGGAACCGGCGGAAGGAGCAGGGGCGAAACCGGCCAAAGCAGAACGACCCGCGAACACGGGGAAACACGGGGGGCGACGCGCGCGCGGCGGGCGCCGCCCCCCGCCCCGACCGGCGCGCGGCGCGCGCGGGGGGGGCCAACGAACCCCGGCGCGGAAAGCGCCAAGGAAGACGAAAAGCGGCAGCCGCCCCGCGCGCCCCGGGCGCGAGCGGGCGGGGGACGCGCGCGGCGCGGAAACACAAACGACGCGCGGCAACGGAGAGCCGGCGCGCGCACGAGGAAGAACGAGCGAAAGGCGAACGGGGGGGAAGGGCAGAGCCCGGAACCAGCGAGGCGGGAACGCAAGGGCGCCCGAAGCCAGGAGGCCGAGGGCACGGCGCCGGGGCGGCACGCAGCGCGGCGCCCCCCGCAAGCCGCAAGGCGCAGCGCGGGGCGGAAGCGGCCGCCCGGGCGCCCCGAGCGCGCGGCGGGCCGAAAGGCGAGCCACGGCGACGGACGGCGCGGCAAGGGGGGGGGAAACGCAACGCGCGCGGGGGCCGGCGACAGCCCGGCGGGCGCCGGACGCCCAGACCCGGAGGGCGCCGGCCGCGCCGACCGCGACCCCAGGGCAGGCGGAGACCCGCGGAGGAAGCAAGCAAGAAGCGGAGGAAAAGAAACGACAAGGAGGCCCGGAGAACGCGAGCGAACCGGGAACAGCCCAGCCGGAGAAGCGGGCGGCGCCGGCGGCCGAAGGGAGGCGGGAGAAGCGGCCGCAGCGGCGACCGGCCCAAGCCCCGGGAAGGGCGCCAGAGAGGGGGAGAGCCCCGGGGGCCCGGACCCGGGCGCACCACGAGGCGCGGGCGACGAGGCGGGGGGGGGGAAGGCAGCCCAAAGCGGGCGGGAAGGCCGGCCAAGGCGAAAGACGGCGAGAGACCGAGAGCGAACAAGGACCGCGAGGGAAAGAGGAAAAGGACGGGGAAAAGAGAGGCAAAGAGGCGGGAAAGGGCGGGAGGGAAGCGGAGGGGGCCGGCGAGGCGCCCCGGCGGAGGGGAACGGGGACGAGCCGGCCGCCGAGCGACGCGGGCGGGGACCAGCGGGGAGGGGGGGCGGCCAAAGCCCGGGCGCGCGAGACGCCCGCGGAACGCCGGCGCCGGAGGGGGGAGGCAGCGCGCGCCCGGGGCGGGCGCGCAGCGGCGCGCGCCGGACGCGGGCCGGGGGCGCCCCAGCGACCCGGCGGAAACACGGACCAAGGAGGCGGACAGGGGGCGAGGCAACGGGCGAGGAAACCCGGAAGGCGGAAGGAAGCGGAGGGGGGAGCCCCCGGAGGGGGCACCGCCGACCGACCGGAGCGGCGGAGAAGGGGGCGAGGGGAGCAGACCGGCGGGACCCGAAAGAGGGGAACGAGCCGGAGCGGGGCGAAGCCAGAGGAAACGCGGGGGAGGCCCGCAGCGAGACGGACGGGCAAAGCGGCGGCGGACGGGGGAGAGGGGCGAAAGACGAAGCGAACCGGCGAGGAGCGGGGCCCGCCGAAGGGCCCGCAGGAGAGCGGAGCGCGCGGCGAGGGCGAGCGGGAAAGCCAAGGAGGAGAGGCCGCGGGGGCGCAACGCCCGCGACCGAGGCGCAAACGGAAAGAGGAGGACGGCGCGGCGGCGGGGGAGCCGCGCCACGGAAGCAAGAGCGCCCAAGGGGGCCAGGGGGGGAAGCAGAACGGGCGAGGCGGAGAACCGGAAGCCGGGGACGGGCCAAACGGCGCGCAACCGAGACCCACAAAGGGGGGGGCGAGGAAGACAGCAGGACGGGGGGCAGGGAAGGCGAAACCGCGAAGGAGGGGGAACAACGCACCGGCCGAAGCAACGAGCCCGAAAAGGAGGGCGCGAAGCGCGCGACCGACACCCGGCCGGCGGGGCAAGGGCCAGGCCCCGAGAGGAGGAGGGCGCGGCGGGCGCGGCAAAACCGGGGCGGGAGCCGGGGCGGAGCGGCCGGCGGGGCAAGGGGGGAGGAGCAAAGAGGCAAAGGAGAACGGGAAGGCCGAAGAGGGGAAAGGGGCCAGGGGAACGCACGGCACAGGGGAGUCGAGCCGAAGGGGGGGGAACCCCGACAGAGAGCGCGGGGCGCGCGGACGCCGAAAGGGAAGCGGGGAAAAGCCGGAACCGGGACGGGCGGGACGGCAACGGGAGGAAGUCCGGAGACGGCGGCGGGAGCCCGGGAAGAGGAGCGGGGCGGAACAGCCGCCCACCCGGGAAGCGGCGCAGCCGGAGGAGGCCAGCGGCGGGAAGAGCACCGCACGGCGCGGGGGGCCGGGCGCGCCCGGCGGCCCGGGAAAAGCCGGAGACCGAAGGCCGGCCACGCCCGGGGCGACGCAAACCGCAGCAGGCGCCAAGGGGAACAGCCGCGGGGCGAGGAACAAGGAGGCAAGGGAAGCGGCAAAAGGAGCCGGAACGCGGGAAAAGGAGGGCGCGAGGCGGGCACGGGGCCCAGGCCCGAACCCGGCGGCGGGCGGGGACGGCGCGAGCGGCGCCGCGGCGAGAGCGGGGCGCCGCGGGCCGGCCGGGGGACGGACGGGGGAACGGGCCUGCGGGGGCCGGCCCCGGGCGGCGAACAGCCAACGCAGAACGGGGACGGACAAGGGGAAGCCGACUGGUGAAGAAAACAAAGCAGGGCGAGGGGCCCAACGGAGGGACGCAAGGGAGGGCGGCCCAGGCGCGGAAGGCAAAGGGAAGAAAGCAACCAAGCGCGGGGAAACGGCGGAGAACGAGGACGCGCUAAGGUAG